AUGUGUUUGCGCAGGAGUUUCGGCGCGAAGUGCUCCAAGUGCUGCCGCGGCAUCUCGUCGUCAGACUGGGUGCGAAAGGCACGCGAGCAAGUCUACCACCUCGCCUGCUUCGCGUGCGACGCCUGCGGCCGCCAGCUCUCCACCGGCGAGCAGUUCGCGCUGCACGAAGACAGAGUACUCUGCAAGCCUCACUACCUGGAGACACUCGACGGAGGGUCCAUUUCUUCUGAUGAUGGCUGCGACUCGGAGGGCUACCACAAGAGCAAGGCGAAACGCGUGCGCACAACCUUCACUGAGGAGCAGCUGCAGGUGCUGCAGGCGAACUUCCAGCUCGACUCCAACCCCGACGGUCAGGACUUGGAGCGGAUCGCGCAAGUGACGGGGCUCAGCAAGCGGGUCACGCAGGUCUGGUUCCAGAACAGUCGCGCCAGGCAGAAGAAGCACCAGCACACUGGCAAGGGCAAACAGAGUCAAUAUGGAACGUCUUUCACGGAUUCUUCAAUGGAUGAGCUGUCGGAGGACUCGUCAAUCCACUGCAUGCAAAGUGAGGUGUGA